AUGCGCUGUAUCCGAGAAGUCAGUCUUUCAUCCUCACGGCGGCCAGACAAGGAUAGCCCGUGUUGUAAAGCAAACAUGGCAUCCAAAGAUGAAAAGGUCGCCAUGGACGACACGACCAGGGCGUUAAAGUUCCUGCAUGCCGGCGGUGACGAGCCCGUGGACGAGGAAGCCCGGAGGCGCCUGGUCAGGAAGCUGGACCUGCGCCUCAUGCCUCUGCUCUGCAUCACCUACGCCCUCCAGAGCAUCGACAGGACGACGCUCAGCUAUGCGGCCGUCUUUGGCGUGCGCGAGGACCUCGGGCUGACGAGCUCCGAGUUCUCGUGGGCAGGUGCCCUGCUCUACGUCGGAUACCUGUUCUGGGAGUUUCCGACCAACCUCAUGCUCCAGAAGCUGCCCAUCAGCCGCGUCAUGGCCGCCACGGUCGUCCUGUGGGGCGCCGUGCUCAUGUGCCACGGCGCUGCCGUCGACUUCUCGGGCCUGGCCGCUGCACGCACCUUUCUCGGCGCCUUUGAGGCGUCCAUCAACCCGGGCACCAUGCUGCUCUUCUCCAUGUACUACGAGCGGAGGGAGCAGCCGCUGCGCAUGGGCCUCUGGGUCGGUUCGGCAGGGAUAGGGUACAUCGUCGCCGGCAUAGUCACCUUUGGGGUGGGCCACAUCCAGAGUCCGCUGGAGAGCUGGCGCAUCUUGUUCCUGUUCUGGGGCGCCAUCACCGUGGCGUGGGGUGCCGUGGUGUUUGUCUUCUUGCCCGGCUCGCCGCUCACGACCAAGUUUUUGACCGAGCAGGAGAGGAUCAUGGUGGUCAGCCGGGCCAAGACCAACGGGACGGGAAUGGACAAUAAGCGCUUCAAGUGGAAGCAGUUCUGGGAGGCCAUGACGGACUUGAAGACUUGGCUGCUGUUUGUGUUUGCUGUAGCUAGCAACACGCCGAACGGUGGAUUGACUGUCUUCCAAGGUCUCGUCAUUCAGGGAAUGGGCUUUUCUAGGCUCCAAACCACACUAAUUCAGAUGCCCUCUGGAGGUGUGCAGUUUGUACUUUGUGUCCUCGCUUGCUUCUUCGCCUCACACUAUCCAAACUGCCGGCUCUUAGUCAUGAUCGUAUGCCUGGUCCCAUUCCUGACUGGGGUCCUGGGCCUUUGGCUGAUCCAAGAAUGGAACCGCUACGGACGCCUCGCUUGCCUCUGGAUAUCCUUUGCCUACACCGCGACCUGGACGCUCUCCAUGUCCGUGGCGACGGCCAACACGGCAGGCCACACGAAAAAGAUCACGACCAACGCCAUGCUCAUCAUCGGCUACUGCCUGGGCAACUUUGUGGGGCCCUUCUUCUUCCGCGCCGAGGAGGCGCCGCGCUACACGCUCGGCGUGGCCAUGAUGCUGGUCUGCGUCGGCCUGCAGAUCCUGUGUCUGCUCGGCAUACUCGCGCUGCUGUGGUCGCGCAACAGGUCGAGGCGGGAGGAGCACGCGCCGACGCCGGCCAACGAGCAGCAGGGCUACGAGCGUAGCUUGUCGGAUGAGACGGACCUGCAGAAUAGAUACUUCAAG